CUAACCUCAACAACUUUCCCUUUGUCCUUUUGUCAAACAUCACUUGAUUCUAAUCUAUGUUGCUUUCAUCAAGAAUCAAUUAGAAGGUCCCAAAAUACUAAAAAAUAAUGCUCAACAGCUACAAAAUGAUGAUGAUCUUCACAAUACAAUGUUCCAAAACACAACAUUCCAAACCCACCAAAAAUAUAAUGUUCCUUUCUCCUCAAAUUUCUCAAAGAUUGAAACUCUAGUCACUAGUUCCAAAUGGGUAGGCAAGAUAAUGAUCCAAAUUCAAAUUCAACCAUGGUGAAGAACUCUUCCAUUGCUCUUCUUCAAGAAAGGUUUAGACAAUUGGAGAAAGUGAAAGAAAGAAGAGAAGGUAAACAACUUCUUAGGUUGUUGUCAUCAUCAGAGACCAACACCAACACACAACAAAGGUUUAUAGUUUCACAUAAUAAUAGGUCAAGUUAUGAUCAUGAUUCUCUUUCUCUUGGACUCAACUUGACAAACAAGCAAGGUGAUAAGAACAACAUGAAAUCAAACACUUCUUUGAGUGAAUGGUCACAAGGUGCAUCAUCAUCAUUAUCAAGAAAUUUUGAUGCAUCAGAUGUUGAUACUUCACUUCAUCUAUAAAUAUUUUUUUCACCUAAGUUUUUUUCACCUAUGUUUGUAUUUUGAUUUUGCAUAAUCAAUAUUUAUGUGUUUGUUAUGUAUAUGUGCAUAUAAUAUAAAGUAAUAUUUCUCCA